AUGCACCAGUACAGCGUCGUGGUCGCCGCUUACUACCUGAGCGCCGCGCUCGCCGCCACCUCAACCAGCAUGCGCCCCGAACCGGACCUCAGCUUCGCCGAAUCCGUCUACGCCAAACUCUCCGGUGCAUGUCGAGCGAUAAUGGACUUGCGCUACAACUCCAUGACAGACCAAAAAGAUCUCAUAAAAACUAUUAAGAUCAUACAGUUAGACGGGAAUACAAUUAGAUCUUUUCCAAUUAAUGAAGCAUUUACAAACCUAACGAAACCUGGAACUUUCGACAUAACAAAACAGACCAAAAUUGUCAUCCACGGUUAUAAAGACAGUUCGCAAUCUGCAGUGCCUUUGGACUUAGCUAAUGCUUACAACGACAAAAAAAUGUUCAACGUAUUUUUAGUGGAUGCAGAAGAAAUGAACAAAGAUGGAUACAUUUUAUCUGCACACAAUUCACGGCUAAUAGGUAAGAGACUUGCAAACCUAUUGGCUAAUCUAGAGCACUUUGGGGCGAAUGCUGAAGACUUUCAUUUAUUGGGAAUCAGUCUAGGUGCGCAUAUUGCAGGCUGGGCCGGGAAAUAUUUCCAACAGUAUAAAGCGCGCAGCUUAGGACGUAUUACUGGAUUGGAUCCUGCGGGCCCAUGCUUCUCAUACGCAUAUAGUGGCCAGCGGUUAGAUAAAUCCGAUGCCGCCUACGUAGAUGUACUGCACUCAAAUAGAUUAAUACAAGGAAUUAUCGAGCCACUGGGACAUGCGGAUUUCUACAUAAACGGCGGAGGACCGAAUCAACCAGGAUGUUUCAUGCCGUCGUGCAGUCAUCUUCGCGCAGCACAAGUUUACACGGAAAGCAUAAAAAUGCCAAUGUCUUUUGUUGGAGUUCGAUGCCAAAGUUGGAAGCAUUUCGAAGCGAAUGCCUGUGAGAAAGAUGAGUACGCAGUCUUGGGCUACGGAUCUUCAACUACGACUCGCGGACUUUAUUACUUACGUACUUCACCAAAGUCGCCUUUCGGUCUCGGGAUGGAUGGAGUGAAAAAUAAAGAACCAGUUACCGAUAACUGGUUGAAAAGUUUUAGUAUGCGUGAAUUAAAUAUACCUUUAGUUUAAGUGUUAGCUCAAUCUCGUUGUGUAAUAAAUUGUUGCCAUACUUUUUAA